GUAGAGUUCAGAGUCUUUAUGGCCUGAGGGAAGUAGCUCUUCCUCAGCUUCUCUGUUCUGACCAUACAGGAGUAGACUUUUCAGGCAUUCAGCCACUCUGAGACUAAUGCUUAUUAAAAACACUUGAUGGGACGGGUUCUUAGGGAAUACUUUUGCCUUUAAAUGUGCAAAAUUAUAUUAAGAAAUGUUGUGUUAUGUUGCACACAUUCUUACCUGACAACACUGUGCCUCAACAUUUACUCCUCAUGAUAAGUAAAUCAUCUUUAUCAUUUUAAAUACCUUGUUUUUAGCACUAUUUGUAUAUUAGUUGACUGAAAUAUCUUUGCCUUUUUCCUUACUCAUAAUGACAACAUUGUACUGUUUUUUUUUUACAAUUAUGAUCACAACGUUUAUGUAUGAUGUCGUAUGUGUCAAAUGUUCUUCUAAUCUUUCACCCAUCCACAGUAACCGUCUGGCUAUCAGGUAGGACCAAUCAACCGGAAACUGCUUGUUUUUGUUUGAGAAUUACCUUAUUUUGAAAGACCUUGCCGGAUCUGCCCUUGUUUAGUGAUAGCUUAACACCGGUGAGCUCGUCUUCUAAUAUGAAAAACAGAGUCCUGAUCCUGAUUCUUCCCGGACACCUGUGGUUCCCCUGCGGUCGUGGUGUCAGCAGCAGAAAGGAUGAUCCCAGUGGGUGAACUCAAAAACCUGGGCAUAGAGCAGAACUCCAAGCUGAGAGUUCUGAAACCGUGGUGGGAUGUUUUCUCCGAGUACCUUUGUGUGGCUAUGCUAAUGAUUGGAGUCUUUGGCUGCACUCUCCAGCUCACCCAGGACAGGAUUGCUUGUCUACCUAGUCACUUCACAAGCUCAACGCCGGAGGCAAUCGACUGCAGUCACAUCCGGACCUACAAAGAGAAUAUGACGCAGAAACACACGUUGGUCAAACCUGAGAGUCCCAUCAUCAGGGAAGUAACUGGCCGUAAGAACAAUCUUGAUAUCCACCAAUAUGUCUUUGUCAACUGCUACUGCUAUGAGAGGUUUGUCCACUGGUAUGCAAAGUACUUCCCGUACCUUGUUGUGAUCCACACUUUGGUCUUCAUGGUAGCGAGCAGUUUCUGGUUCAAGUUCCCUGGGACAUCUUCAAAAAUUGACCUCUUCGUGAACAUCCUCGGGAAGUGUUUUGAUUCCCCUUGGACCACGAGGGCCCUGAGUGAGGUGUCUGAAGAAAGAGGGGAGGAGAAACUUGUUAUUUGGAGAAAAAAUACAAUCUCCAAGGAAACUACAGAGCGGAGGUUCGAUGAGGAGGAGACCGCAGGGCUUCUUCGCUCCUCCUCUGUCAAGUCUAAUCCAGAAAAGAAAACCCAAGAGUCCCAGUCGUCCCUCACUGUCUUAGAUAAGAAGGAGGGAGAGCAGGCUAAAGCUCUCUUUGAAAAGGUGAAGAAGUUACGAACUCACGUAGAGGAGGGAGACCUAUUGAAUAUCAUGUAUGUCCUACAAACCUCACUGAAAGUCUUCAAGUUCCUCUUAAUCAUUGUCUAUACUGCAGUUCUUGUUCCAAACGUGGAGAUUGUUGUCCGCUGUUUGGUUCCUCCUGAGCUGACUGGUUUUGAUAUCUAUUGCUGUAACCACAACAAAGCCCAUCUGUUCUCCAAGCUCGCCUAUUGCUAUGUCUGCUUUGUAGGAGUCUAUGGACUUCUGUGCAUUUACUCACUUUACUGGCUUUUCCACAGGCCCCUCAAGGUGUAUUCAUUUGAGCAGGUCAGACUAGAGACGGGUAUUAACGACAUACCAGACGUAAAGAAUGAUUUUGCUUUCCUUUUGCACCUGGUGGACCAAUACGAUGCUCUUUACUCCAAAAGAUUUGCAGUCUUUCUCUCUGAGGUCAGCGAGAGUCGUCUCCAUCAGCUCAAUCUGAACCACGAGUGGACGGCAAAGAAAUUGCGCACCCGUCUUGCCAAGAACACCAGUAAUCUGAUGGAACUGCACCUGCUAAUGUUACCGGGACUUCCCGACACUGUCUUUGAACUUACUGAAGUGGAGUCACUUAAACUGGAGCAAGUAAAGAAUGUCACCAUACCAAGUUGUGUGGCCAAGUUAGACUCGCUAAAGGAAUUAUCACUGGUCUACUGUAACGCCAAAGUCCAACUGCCUGCCCUCAAUCACCUUAAGGAACAUUUAAAAGUCCUCCGUCUUGCUUUUGAAAAUUUAGAAGAGGUACCUGUGUGGGUAUACACUUUGCACAGUUUGGAAGAGUUACAUCUCGAUGUACCUUUGAACGAAGUUUCCAGAGGUGCCACUCUUGAAUCCCUGCGAGACCUUCAAGCUUUGAGAGUUCUCACACUCCAGUCCAACCUUUCAAAGAUCCCAGCCAGUAUAGGAGAUGUAGCCUAUCAGCUGCAGAGGUUGUGUAUCUUCAACGAAGGUAUGAGGCUCCAGGCAUUCAGCACCCUGAAGAAAUUAUCCAACCUGGUCUCGCUGGAGUUGGUGGGCUGUGAACUGGAGCGAAUCCCAAGUGCUGUGUUCAGCCUGAACAAUCUCCAAGAGUUGGACCUGAAGGGAAACAAACUGACCACUGUGGAGGAAAUACUGAGCUUACAGCAUUGUCGUCGUUUGACCACGCUCCGUCUGUGGCACAACAAGAUUACUUACAUUCCAGACCACAUCAGCAAGUUGCAUUCUCUAGAGGUACUGGAUAUCAGCUGGAACAAGCUGAGGAAACUGCCUUCACGUCUCUUUUAUUGCACCAAACUCAGACACGUUGACGUCUCCCAUAACCAGCUUACCGCUCUCCCUCCUGAGGUGGGGAUCCCACAGGGCCUGCAGUUCUUCUCUGCUGCCUUCAACUCUUUGGAGAUGUUACCAGAUGAGCUGUUCUCAUGCAAAAAACUAAAGACUUUGGCACUUGGAAACAACAGCCUGCCGAAUGUGAGUCCCAGGAUAGCAAACCUGGCCCAGUUAGUCCGUCUGGAGCUCAAAGGAAACAGACUGGAGUCUUUACCAGUGGAAAUAGCGGACUGUCCAUUACUGACCCUCAGUGGACUGGUCGUAGAAGACAACGUGUUAGAUCUGCUGCCAUCAGAAAUACGCACCAAGCUGAAUAAGAGCUGAAAGACUUCUCUUUCACCAGUGCAGCCUUGUGGUCGCUGCACAAAUGGACAGACGGAAAUUGAUGAAUGUUUCCAAAGUAAGAUUUCAAAUCAAGGAAAACAAACUCUUUACAUUUUCUUAUGUAUUUAUGAAUACAUUUUUACUAUGCUGUGAAUACAUUUUAUAUGGUAUUUUUUACAAAUAUAGUGUGUUUGUUCAAUAGGGAAUGUUAUGAAUUUUGCUGUACCCUGUUGAACAGGUUUAUUCAGAAUGGCAAAGUGUAUCCCACAAUGUGGUGGCCAAGAUGAGAGGAGAGAAGUGUUUUGAAAUGAAAUGUUUUGCAGAAGCAGAAUAAUAUUUGCUCUUUCAUUUGUUUAAAUAGUUGGUAGUAGAAGAAACUUACGAGGCUGAAUAAACUAGAGGAUAACUAAUAAAACGGUACUGGUGUAAUAAACAUGUAAUGCAAAAAAUAAUUACUUUUAAAAUCAACGCAAGAGAGACUUAACGACGGUUGGCGUCUGUCAUUAAGCUGCUCUGCUCCUCAAGUUAGUGUGUAGCUAGCUAGCACAAAUUGAGGCCUUGGUGUGGGAGAGUUUCGGAACUCCUACUUUGAAAUAUGAAGUAUCCUAGAGUUCCCUAUUUGGUUUUUUACUUCCUCUUCAGUUAUUUCCAAAUAGCGCAGUUAAAAAACUCUUGACAUUGACCAGUUUAUGGACAGACUGAGGUGGACAAAGAAGAAUGUUUUGUUAAAGUGCCUUCACACUCUCUGCCCUUGUCUCGCCCAUAUCUGUUGCUCUGCCUGGAAGCAGUAAAGUCAUGCGCUGACUUGCAUGUACACAAAAAACAGUUCCUGUCAGUCAGGUUUUGGAAAUACUGCAGUAAUGUCUGUACACACUGUGAGCCGCCUACACUGUCAAACUAAAGUCACACCAGCCUUUGCUUUUAAUUUAACCCUUGAUCCUGGACAUUUUUAGGAAAUAUAAAGGUGAACAAGAACUUGUGUGGAGUGUGUAAGGGCCAGCUGAAUCUGAACCCUGACCCACUGAGUUGACUUCAUUUCUAUUAAUCAUCAUCAUAACCACCCUGUGCUACCUAACUAGGAUUAGAGAUACUAAGUGUCUCCAUAAUCCUUAUAUAUAUAGAAACACUUUUUGGUGUUGUGAUCCUUUAGGGCAGGGUGUUUUUUUUUUUCAAGUGCAAAGAGGUUUCAGACACACGCUACAACACAUUCAAAUUCUUAACCUAGUGUAGCAGUAAGGCAGCUCUACCUAGUGGCUGGGAUCAAAUCAGUUUGGGGUCUAGGUCAGUAAAAUAUGGUGUUAAAAGUACGAAGCAAAACACCAUUUAAUACCUACAAGUUGGUCAGUUUUGUAAAAGGAACACUGCAAUAGAGACACAGUGUGGCUUAUUCUCUGCUAUUAUAAUUACUACUAUUAGUACUUUCGACUGGUCCCUUCAUCCGGGGUCAAAUCAUUUUAUCAAGGCUGAUUUGGAACAGUUGUUACACUGUCCAGUCCAGUCUGAUUCCACUGGGGUAUUUUCCACUUGAUCAUCUCUUAAUACUUGUUCCUGUUCAUAGCAUUGUAUUCUGUUCAUCUGGCGCUUUCUCUAACCCUGUUAUCUACUAUCCCUACAAACACAAGGCCUCAUUCAUUUUUGGGUCUCUGUCUUUGACCUUUACAAGGUCAUACUUUGUUUUUCUACAUUCCACUGUCCAGUUAUGUAUAAAUGCCCUUGAUUGAUCGCUCAGGUGAAACACUGUACUCACGAGGAAACAUGAAGCACAGCUGAAGUAUUUUUGUCUUCUUCUCUGGUUUGGGCAUCAUUUCAAAAUGACUUACAAGAUCACUGGUGCAGUCUCCAACAGCAACUGAUGGUGUUUCUACAUGGAUGUUGCCUGUUCUCCCCAGGGUUUCCUUGGAGGACUCUGGUUGUUCAUGCUUCAUUGACUCUAGGUCUGAUUGUCAGUGUGAUCGGCUGUCUCUGUAUGCAGUCCUGUUCUGUGAUUGACAGCUGAACUGUCCAGAAUGUGAUCAAUACAGUGUGGUUAAUAAAUGGUAAAUUUGGAAAAAAAAAAUCUGUUCUUUAUAUGCUACUGAGCAGGGUGGAAGUGUCUGUAUUAAUGCAGAUCACACGAGCAACCAUGUAUAGUUGUAAAAAGUAAAAAAAAGUUAUAUAUAUGGUACAUGUUUUUUGUAAUUUGUACGGCAAAUAAGAGCAAUUGCUUAAAAAUGCAUCGUCUUUGACCUCGACCUACAACACUAUCACGUCGCCUUCUCCCAUAAAUGUAUUAAGUCCUGUUCCAAUAUUCUGACGUACAGCAUUGAAAAAGAAAUUUGUACGGGAACUAGUUGGCAAUCGAAGCAUACAGAUAUAUCUUCCUGGCGCUCUACAGACACUGGUUGUAUGCCUUACAUUGGACUGUGCUACAUUCAUUCUCUUAAAUGUUUUUCUUUUUUUUCAGGGAACAGUUUGCCCUUCAUUAUGGCUCCCAGGCGUAAGUCAGACUCUUCUGAUGUUUUUUUUAUGUCCUAGAUUAUGAUGUUAUCACUGUGUUAGCGUAUGUUAGUGACAAAGGUACUGAUGUAUUACAUUACAUUACAUUUAGCAGACACUUUUAUCUAAAGCGACUUAGAAUUUGAGUCAGUCAAUUAACAACCAAGCUACAGUAAACACAAAAUACAAAACAGUUCCGACUUACAGUGAAAAUCAUUUAAUUACACCACAUCAUCUCAUUAAUAUUUUUAAAGGAGGAAAGAAUAUCUUAUUUACUUUUGCAAAUCAUUUUUGAUCAUAAUGUGUAAGACUAACAUUAUAAGCAGUGUUUAGUCCCCUCAGUUUCCUUGAUCAAACUUACUGCAGGGACCAGUGGAAAACAUCCAGCCUUUCCCGAGGCUUCACCUUCGACAGAGGAUGGCAGGGUAUGUUUCUCACACAUAAACAAUUUGAACUAUUAAAAAGAUGAAAUACUACAGAACACACAGCAGACAUUACAACUGUUUAUUUUGUCACAUAUAUAUAUUUAUAUAAAACUUUACUCUAAACCUUGUUUUAGUUAUUGAGGUAAAUAAAUUAAUCAAUAAAUAUCAGUGUAAUGCAUGGGUAGAAAUAUACAUUGGAUAUUAAAUGACUUUGACACCACAUAAAUGUAUGAAAAACGCAAACACAGACUCUUAUUGCUGUAACCAAUCAUUGGUAAAUAAUGAUUUCUACAUUAAAAGGAAAAAAACACUUACAGCAGAAGCUUUUGUCCAUCUGACAAUUAGGAAAGAGUCAAAAGCACACACUUAAAAAAACCAAAACAAUA